AUGCAAGGAAGGGUACACCUUGCGCCGCCAUCGGCAGUCCGCCCCCUGUCCAGCUUGCUAGCAGUGCACCAACCAUCAAGAAAAGGUUGGCAAAAGUGCCCCUUCAACCCGUGUACACAGCCGUACACGAUAUGAGUUGUCAAUAGCUUCGACAAAGCACGAUAAUUUGGAAUCAGGAGUGAGUGGUCAUUUUUUAUUUACAUGGUUGGGGAUGGCGGCCGGUACGACGGUUCGUAUUUACUGAUAGGUUCCAGAGCAACAGGAGGAAGUACCGCGAGUUAUCGCGAGGUGGUGCAAGUAUGUACAAGCAUUAACUAUUUUAGUGCUUCUGGGCUUCCACGGCAGCAGUAUUGCGGCUUUUGGUUUGCAGUUUGCUGCCUUUGGUACUGUUCGUAGGUCACUUGAUGUGUAAUUUUGUCAGUCAACGUGUCGGCGCUCGAAGCGUGACGAACGCAAAGGUGUUUUGUGUCAUGUAUCGUUCGCUGCUCACGGAU